GUGUGUUCAGAAAGUCAAGCUGAGCCUGCUCAUAAACUUCAGUUCCUGGGCGGACCCCACACACAUACAGCUGGAUUUGAAACAGCUGGAUCUGCCUCCCCUUCAGUUUUAGCCCGGAGCCCCUCAAGCCCUGGGCUGCCUGGCAGAAGAUGAACCCACUUACCCUGUGAAGGUGGGAUCCAGUCGCUUGAGAAAAUCCUGAAAAUGGGUUAUUGGAGGAGCCUUCCUCUUCUGCUGCUGCUACUGAUGCGGUUGCUCUCGUGCAACAGCCAAUCGGGGCGUAAUGUGAAGACCAAUCUUUGCAAGUGGUGUGAUAAUACAUAUCCAGUAUGUGAAGAUCAGGUGUGUUACAGCAACUGUGGUUUAAGCUCCUAUUGUGAAAAGCCUGAAGAAAUAUGUUUGUCUAUAUGGAAACAAGACAAUGAAAGUGUUAGAGUAAGCACGCUUUGUCACAACCCACAGAUGCCAGUUGAAAAUGUCAUGGUUCCCAAGUAUAACACCUCCCAGUGUGUGAUGGUCCGUCAGCACAACGAGAAUGGGAUAUUUUACAUAUGUGGCUGUGUGGAUGAGCAGGAGUGCAACGACAAACUUAUAUUUGAAAAUCAUACAAAUGGAUAUUCCAUGUUGCAAAGCAAGGAGAUCAUUCCUGUAGCAGCCAUCAGUCUGUUGCCCCCGCUGCUUGUUGCCAUCAUGAUAAUCGUGACGUUUUACCUCUGCCGAACCCAUAGACAGAGAAGGAGAGCCAAGGAAUGGACCCAGAAACAAUCACAGCGUCAUACCUUGCCUGAGUCAAGCAGAGCCACUGGCUAUGAAGGGAUAUCAUCUGUCUAUGUAGACAACCACCCUGCUGUGCACUCAGCUUGUGCCAGCAAUAUUGACUACGGCACUGAACUUUUGCCCAUUGAGCUCGAUGCAAGAGUAGGGAAAGGGCAGUUUGCAGAAGUAUGGAGAGCAAAACUCAAGCGUGUCUCUUCAAGCGACCAGUAUGAAACGGUGGCAGUCAAGAUUUUUCCUUGUGAGGAGUAUACUUCAUGGAGAAAUGAAAGCCAGAUCUUUCGAGAUGCCAACUUUAAACAUGAUGGCGUUCUUCAGUUCCUCGCAGCGGAGGAGAGACAUUUGGGCCUCCAGAAGGAAUACUGGCUCAUCACGGCCUAUCACAGUCAGGGAAACCUCAAGGAUUAUUUGUCAAGGAAUAUUCUGAGCUGGAGAGACUUGCAAAAGAUAGCUGGGUCCAUUGUGAAUGGCGUGGCCCACUUACACAGCGACUAUACUGCUUGCGGCCAUCCAAAGAUCCCCAUUGCCCAUCGGGACAUCAAAAGUACCAACAUUCUGAUGAAAAGUGGUCAGGAAUGUGUACUCUGUGAUUUUGGAAUUGCUUUGAGGCUGGAUCCGUCACUGUCAGUGGAAGAGUUUGCUAACAGCGGACAGGUGGGUACAGCUAGAUAUAUGGCUCCUGAGGUCUUGGAAUCCAGAGUGAAUCUUGAAGAUCUGGAAUCCUUCAAACAAAUGGAUGUCUACUCCAUGGCUUUGGUGUUAUGGGAGAUAGCCUCCAGGUGUGAUGUUAUAGGAGAGGUUAAGAGUUAUGAGCUACCAUUUCAAGCAAAGAUCCGGGAACAGCUGUGUAUGGAAGUAAUGAGAGAUAUUGUACUGCAUGGCCGAGGGCGUCCUGAGAUACCAAGUAACUGGCUGGUACAUCAGGGAAUGCAUUUUUUCUGUGACACUAUUACAGAAUGCUGGGAUCAUGACCCUGAAGCUAGGCUCACGGCACACUGUGUAGCAGAGCGGCUUAACCUGAUAGCACAGACAGAUUGUGACGACAUCCUCAACAACAACAGCAUUGACAAUGAGACCAACAAAAUGGGAUGUCCAAGAGAAGAAAAUCAAAAUAGCAAUAAGGACAUCCAGUGACUGAAGGACUACAAAGAAUAGGUGCACUUAUGGGCACACCACUAUACAAAACUAUACCCAAGGCCCCACUAUUUAGAUUCCUGAAGGAAUUAAAACAUGGAUUUGUAAGA